AUGGCGAACGAUACGGAACUCAUUGGAUCGUUCAUUUGGAGUAAAACACAAACGAAUUUGUCAAGACUUCUUAAAGAAUACCCACUGCCUCAGAUUGUUCGAGUCGUGGAUGGCUUCUGCAGCAUUAACGAAGACACAAGCUUAUAUGAUGAACAGAUACUCGCCUUGCACGAAAUACAUUCAGUACGGAAGCUAAUUGGUACGGACAGUUCGGAUACGCAAGUAACUAUUGCAUUGUCGUGCCCAACACAAGUCCUAGUCUGUCCGUCCAAAUGUAAGUACAUAGCAUGUAAAGUCGAAAAUUUUAAAUCCAUUUUUCCUAACAUACAGUACGUGCGAGUGAAAAGCUUGGGGCCUCAAUCAAGGAAUGCCAAUAAUGAAAGCACGUUCAAAGUUGGUGACAUAAUACAAAUUCAAAAGAUUGACAAAAAAAAGAAAAGUGUCCUUUGUCAGAAUACUGACACCAAAGGGGACAUGACUCUUUCCUACAAAUCCCCGGCGAUUUUUACCCCCUUGCUAGACUGCCAGAAAUAUACACCCUCAGAAGUUGUGACCAACUACGAUCUGCCAUCGAGGGUGUGCUUUGUGAGCACCCGUUCGGAGGCUGAUCAAAACUCGGAUCAGUGGAACAGUGCGUUAACAGGUCUCACUGAAGUGGUCUUUCAUAAAGUGGUAACUGAAGUUAAAGUUAUCGCAACUACUGUAGGGGGAGGGGUGGGUGAACUAACGCAUUGUAUAGGUCUAGCGACUGACCUACCCAUCCGCUGCGCAGUCGCAGAACGUUUCACUAAAAAUGGCCAAAGUUAUGAAGAUUUUGUUCGUACGCUACACGCAGGUUUCGACAACAAGAACCUUUCAGAGAGAGUAAAUGUAUUCCAGGAAAUAAGCCGUGUAAAGAUACACGAUUCUUCCAACAGUAUGACGAUCGUCUCACGACGACAACCCGACACCUUGCCGAGUCCUGUACGAAGUACUGCGACGGGAAGUCAGUCCUACGCUUAUUCAAAACCUAAGAAAAAGACUAUGAUGUCCAACCUUCCUAAGUCCCCAAAAGAUUCCAAGUAUCCACUAAGUGAUCCUAAACAAUCCUCACAAAGUCAUCCCGAAGACAGUACGACCACAACCGAAGUAUACGACGAACUUUCGCAAAACCGCCUCAAAGAUAGUGCGACUGCGGCCGAAGAUAACUACGUUGAAAUGGGGAGAACAGAGGAAAACGAUUAUAAAAAUACCGAUUGUGAAAAACACAAAAGUUCAUUGGAUAACCAGAAAGAUCUUCCCAUGAAUGUUUCGAUACAAAAUCCUCACCUUACUGGCCAAGUAAAUGGUCCAUCAACAUCAGAAGUCCAGAACUCACAAUGCAAUCGACCUAAAAUUAAUUCAAUAUAUUCAAAUAGUUAUGCAAAAGUUAAUAUUAUGAAACCACAAUGCAAUCGACCUAAAACAAAUUCAAUAUAUUCAAAUAGUUAUGAAGAAGUUAAUACUAUGAAACCACAAUGCAAUCGACCUAAAACAAAAUCAAUAUAUUCAAAUAGUUAUGAAGAAGUUAAUAUUAUGAAACCACAAUGCAAUCGACCUAAAACAAAUUCAAUAUUUUCAAAUGAUUAUGAAGAAGUUAAGCCUGCAUGGAAUUCAAACUUCAAGCAAGAGUUUGCUGAUCCUAGUUUAAUCCUAAACAAAGAAUUAUUUGAAGUUCACAGUGACCACGUCAUCCCUAUGAUGUUACCAAAUUUAAAAUCUCAGACCCAAGAAUUUGCGGAUCCUAAUAUAAUUCUAAACGAACAAUUAUGUGAGGUUCACAGUGACUAUGUCAUCCCUAUGGUAUCGCCAAAUUUACAACCUCAGACCAAGAAAUUUGUAAUACACAAACGAACGGAUGCAAAAAAUAAAUCUACUGGCUCACUAAGUGAUCCUAAACAAUCCUCACAAAGUCAUCCCGAAGACAGUACGGCCACAACCGAAGUAUACGACGAACUUUCACAAAACCGCCUGGAAGAUAGUGCGACUACGGCCGAAGAUAACUACGUUGAAAUGGGGAGAGCAGAGGAAAACGAGUAUAAAAAUACCGAUUGUGGAAAACACAAAAGUUCAGUGGAUAACCAGAAAGACCUUCCCAUGAAUGUUUCGAUACAACAUCCUCAUCUUACUGGCCAUGUAAAUGCUCCAUCAACACCAGAAGUCCAGAACUCACAAUGCAAUCGACCUAAAAUUAAUUCAAUAUAUUCAAAUAGUUAUGCAAAAGUUAAUAUUAUGAAACCACAAUGCAAUCGACCUAAAACAAAUUCAAUAUAUUCAAAUGGUUAUGAAGAAGUUAAGCCAGCAUGGAAUUCAAACUUCAAGCAAGAGUUUGCUGAUCCUAGUUUAAUCCUAAACAAAGAAUUAUUUGAAGUUCACAGUGACUAUGUCAUCCCUACGGUAUCGCCAAAUUUACAACCUCAGACCAAGAAAUUUGUAAUACACAAACGAACGGAUGCAAAAAAUAAAUCUACUGGUAGUUAUGAAAAUGUCGAGUGCGAAAUUGAUAAGAACGUUUAUGAAGAUAUGAAUGCAAAAUCGGAAUGCGAUUCAGAUUCUAGAAUCGGAUUCAGAGAUUGGAAGACCUGA